AUUCCGUACUCACCCGUCCACCUCUUCCUCUCAUACAGCCAUCAUCUGGCCUAUCAUGGCGGCCCUGCGUAUCGUGAUUGCCUCGUCUCGUCUCAGGCAAUCUGCAGCUCGUUCUAUAUAUCAGUCUCUUUCAGUUCGCGGUCUCGCCACUGCAAAGUCUCCAGCAAAUCUCUUCGAGUCACUGGACACUUUUACUGAUAGGCAUGUUGGACCAGACGACAAUGAGACCGAGUUUAUGCUCUCAAAGCUUGGCUUUGACUCCAUGGAGUCCUUUCUAGCUGCGACCGUGCCGCACAACAUCCGUAUUGCUAGCUCCACCGUCAGCAAUGCGUCCAUCCCAGCAUUGAGCGAGACAGAGCUUCAUGCAAAUGCAAAAAGGCUAGGUCGGAAGAACGAGCAGUUCAAAAGCUUCAUCGGCAUGGGGUACCACAACGCCGUCGUGCCCCCUGUGAUUUUGCGGAAUGUAUUCGAGAACCCUGCGUGGUACACCCCUUACACCCCGUACCAGCCCGAGAUUGCCCAGGGUCGUCUCGAGUCAUUGGUGAACUUCCAAACGAUGAUCAUGUCCCUCACAUCGAUGCACGUCUCAAACGCAUCCCUCCUCGAUGAAGCAACUGCUGCCGCAGAAGCCAUGGUCAUGGCAUACGUGCAGUCCAACCAGAAGAAGAAGACAUUUUUCGUCGACAAGGCGGUCCUUCCACAAACCAUCUCCGUUCUCAAGACGCGUGCUAAAGGUUUUGGCAUAAAUCUCGUCAUCGGUGACGCGGGUGACGUGCUCAAAUCCGACGCGUUACGUGCUGAUCUGGCUGGCGUCCUUGUUCAAUAUCCUGACGUGAAUGGUUUCGUCACCGACUACAGUGAUUUUACGAAGCAGGUGCAUGAAGCAGGCGCACUUGUCAUCGUCGCGACAGACCUUCUUGCUUUGACACUUCUUCGGCCCCCGGGUGAAUGGGGUGCUGAUAUCGUUCUUGGCAACUCUGCCCGAUUUGGGGUUCCUGCCGGUUAUGGAGGUCCUCAUGGUGCUUUUUUUGCUGUCACAGAGAAGCUCAAGCGGAAAAUGCCUGGACGUCUUAUUGGCCGGAGCAAAGAUACUAUGGGUAACCCCGCAUAUAGGCUGGCAUUGCAGACCCGGGAGCAACACAUUCGCCGUGAAAAGGCCACUAGCAACAUUUGCACCUCGCAAGCCCUUCUUGCCAACAUGGCCGCUAUGUACGCAAUAUACCAUGGCCCCAUAGGACUCGAGCGUAUUGCAAAGAAAGUGCACUUCCUCACACAGAUCCUCAAGCUUGCCGUCGAGCGUCUCGGAUUCCGCGUAAUCAAUGCGUCUUCCUACUUUGACACGCUCACCAUUGAUGUCUCAAAGCACUGCGCGAAUGCUGAAGUUAUGCAUGCCGCUGCUGCGUUGCAGGGCCUCAACCUCCGAAGAGUGGACAAGAAUACUGUUGGUGUCACUCUGGACGAGUCAGUAGGCAAAGAGGACCUCCUGUCCCUCAUACGCGCCUUCCACAUCGCCGCCUCGCAACCAGAGCCCAAUCUCGCUGACCUGCCCGCUCCAAAAGAACUUGCAUUCCCUCAUCAGCUCGUGCGCGAGUCCGAGUUCCUCUCGCACCCCGUUUUCAACAAACAUCACAGCGAGACUGAGAUGCUCCGGUACAUAUUCCACCUUGCCAGCAAGGACCUUGGUCUUGUCCAUGCAAUGAUCCCCCUUGGCAGCUGCACGAUGAAGCUUAACAGCACGAGCAGCAUGAUCCCACUUACAUGGCCCGAGUUUGGUGGUAUCCAUCCGUUUGCGCCACACGAGCAGGUUGAAGGAUACAGGAAGAUCAUCAAGGAACUGGAAGACGACCUUUGCAAGAUUACUGGCUUUUCAGCUUGCUCUGUGCAACCAAAUUCGGGUGCUGCGGGUGAAUAUGCUGGGUUAACUGUCCUCCGGGCAUACCAUGAAUCCCGCGGGGAGGGACACCGUGACGUGUGCUUAAUACCCCUUAGUGCUCACGGCACGAAUCCUGCGUCGGCUGUGAUGGCGGGCUUGAAGGUUGUUCCGGUCAAGACACAUGCAGAUGGGAAUCUGGACCUGGAAGACUUGAAGGCAAAGGCCGAGAAACACAAAGAUAAUCUCGCGGUCUUCAUGAUUACAUACCCCUCGACGUUCGGUGUCUUUGAAGAUGGUAUUACCGAAGCCUGCAAGAUCAUUCAUGACUGUGGUGGACAAGUUUACUUGGAUGGUGCAAAUCUCAACGCACAGGUUGGACUGACGAACCCUGCGGUCUGCGGAGGCGAUGUUUGCCAUCUCAACCUGCACAAGACCUUUGCUAUUCCCCAUGGAGGUGGAGGACCUGGUGUUGGGCCCAUCUGUGUCGCCGAACACCUCGCACCCUUCCUUCCCUCGCAUCCCCUGGUCAAGACUGGCGGUGAUGCCGCCAUCGAUGCCAUCUCAGCUGCUCCCUUCGGCAGUGCCUCUAUACUCCUCAUUUCAUGGGCUUAUAUCAAGAUGCUCGGCGGCAACGGCCUUUCGGAGUCCACGAACAUCGCGCUUCUUAAUGCCAACUACAUGGCGCAUCGACUUGCAGGAUACUACAGUCUUCGGUUCAAGAAUAAGAAUGGCCAAGUUGCUCAUGAGCUGCUCAUCGACCUGGCUGAGUUUGAUAAGACUGCAGGGUUGAAGGUGACGGAUUUCGCGAAACGGUUGCAGGAUUACGGCUUCCACCCUCCCACGUGCUCAUGGCCUAUCUCCACCUGUAUGCUGAUCGAGCCUACCGAGUCUGAAACGCUCGAAGAGAUCGAUAGAUUCUGCGAUGCUAUGAUUCAGAUCAGGAAGGAAGCGGAAGAUAUCAUCACUGGCAAACAACCCAAGGAUAACAAUCUGCUCAAGAACGCGCCGCAUCCGCUUUCUCUCAUGGUUGCGUCUGACAAGGAAUGGAACCGUUCUUAUACGCGCGAAGAGGCUGCAUAUCCCAUGCCAUGGCUCCGCGAGAAGAAGUUUUGGCCAACUGUUUCUCGUAUAGACGAUGCCUACGGCGACCUUAACCUUAUUUGUGACUGCCCGACAGUUGAGGAACUUGCAUCUUAGUAAGCUAAUUUUAUCAUAUUACGACCAUCUUUAGAUGUGUUUUCUUGCUCGAUUAUUUUUCUACUCCUCUAGAACACACUUGU